UGUAUGAUAGUGUGAGUUCUAUUUGCGUUUUGGAACGGGGGAACAAAUUGAUCAGAGAUGUUCAAUUUGAGUUUAGUACAUUUUACAUUUUUGUAGUGAUCGAUUGUAUAGAGGUUGCUUGUUAAUAAUUCUAGUAGAUAUAUAAUUUUUAUUAUUUGCCGGCAAGUUAAAUCCAUUUUUUUUUUUCAAAGUCUUGUAUACAAAAAUAAGCCAAAAAUAUGGUUACUAAAAUUGAAGGUUACACUUUGGGUAAAUUGAUUCAGGAAGGUAAAACAAAACAAGUUUUUGAUCUUCCUGAGCACCCUGGUUUGUGUUUGCUUUUGAGCAAAGAUCGUAUAACUGCUCAGGAUGGUUUGAGAGCUCAUGAAUUAGCUGGCAAGGCAGAGAUUUCCAAUAAAACCAAUGGAUUGGUAUUUCAGAUAUUGAAUACAUGUGGUCUUAACACGGCAUAUGUAAAACCAUGCUCGCCUACUUCAUUUGUGGCGAAAAAGUGUGCCAUGAUACCAAUUGAGUGGGUUACCAGACGUCUGGCUACUGGUUCAUUUUUAAAAAGAAAUCCCGGUGUACCCGAAGGUUACAGAUUUGCUCCACCAAAGCAGGAAACCUUCUUCAAAGAUGACGCAAAUCAUGAUCCCCAGUGGUCUGACGAACAAAUUAUAUCAGCUAAAUUGACAUUCAAUGGAGUUCUCAUUGGUCAAGAUGAAAUUGACAUCAUGCGUAAAAUGAGCGUCAUGGUAUUUGAGGUUUUGGAAAAAGCAUGGGCUACACGAGAUUGCGCAUUCAUUGAUAUGAAGGUCGAAUUCGGAGUUGAUGAAGAAGGAAACAUUGUUCUUGCUGACAUCAUUGAUUCUGAUUCAUGGCGUUUAUGGCCAGCCGGAGACAAGAGACUCCGUGUCGACAAAGAUGUUUAUCGUCAACUAACCUCUGUCUCCGACUCUGACUUGAAUACAAUUAAAAAGAAUUUCGCCUGGGCUUCUGAGCAACUUGAAGGUAUCAUUCCCAAAAAUGAUCAUUUGGUGGUAAUUCUAAUGGGCAGUGCAUCAGAUACAGCUCAUUGUGAAAAAAUUGCCAAAGUUUGUCAAAGUUUAGGUCUGAAUACCGAAUUAAGAGUCACUUCUGCACAUAAAGGUCCUGAAGAUUCACUGAAAAUAAUGCGUGAUUAUGAAAGUGUUAUUAGUAAAUUAGUAUUUAUUACCGUUGCUGGACGUUCCAAUGGUUUGGGACCAGUAUUAUCAGGUAGCACAACAUAUCCCGUCAUCAAUUGUCCACCUCUGAAGCCGGAAAAUGUCCAAACUGAUGUAUGGUCUAGUUUGAAUUUACCUUCUGGUCUGGGAUGUGCUACAGUUAUGUAUCCGGAAGCUGCUGCUUUGAAUGCUGCUCAAAUUUUGGGAUUAAGCAAUUACAUUAUUUGGGGAAAAUUGCGAUCAAGACAGAUUGAUAAUUUGGUUACACUUAAGAAGGCUGAUAAAGUUGUGCGUGGAGUUCGAGCUGUGAACUUGGAUUAAUUGUUAUGUUAUUCUUUUUUUUUUUCUUUAGAUUUCAAUUUAAUAAAUAUGAUAAAUACAAAAUAAA